AUGACCGUCAUUACACCGUCCACCAAUUUGAACCUCUGCCUCAUAUACGAUCGCACUCUGGACGGCCAAACGCAGGCGAUGCUACAGUCCCACACGGAAUCAUCCGCCGACUCUAUGGACCUCCGCAAUUUCGAAGACGUGCUAGGGACCGCCCGUUGCGGCCGGAGACUUCAGACGAACAAUCUGUUGCUGGCCGUCAACAAGCAGCUCUUGAGAAUCGAAGGCGCAAACAGGAUCUCAGGCUUUCAACAGAUCACACCAGAGACAUUCCGGAUAUUCCCUCAACGCCUCGACCGUCUCGUCCCCUGGAUCCGACGAGAACUUCAAGCCAUCACCACCCUCUCUUCCGCUCCUCCAGAAGCACCAGGAAGUGCAAGUGCCUCUCGCUCAACCGACAGCCCUUAUGAAGAAACUGACUCAGGGUUGGAGAUCAUCCGAGAAUACGUCAUUGCAGUCUGUAAACGAUACGACCUCCAGACAGACCAAGGACAGGAUCUGAUCCGAGAUUUCUUGCUUGAUCAUACGGAGCACUUUGUGCAUGAGUUGAUGGGCUUUGCAAGGUCCCCAUUUUCGAUGGAGGCUUAUGAUCGCGCUGCUCAGUACAACUCGCCAUCAACGUCUUCCUCAACAGCAGCGGCGAUGGGGACCGGUGGCGGCGGCGAUAUCCAGAGGAUAAUUAAUGAUGAGGGUUCAAUUGAUCAGGAGCGUCGGGAGAGGACGAGGAGGCGGGGCCAUGGGUCGCCUCAUGACUCUGGACGUACUCGAAGUGGAAGGAAUAAUUCGCUUGAAGCAGGCGACAGUUCGACACGCGACACCCCCAACAAGACUGUCGGUUAA